AUGGGCAACAUGAUCUCGAUCAUAUGGCUCAGUGGCACUGUCAUCGCCUUCAGCUACAUUCUCUACCAGCGCUAUUUCGUGACGCUUGCUAGAAUUCCAGGUCCUCUCACGACAAGCUUUGGCAAUUUCUGGAAGUUACGUGCUGCGUACGGUGCGGAUAUGCCCUUGCAGAAUCUCGAUCUUCAUCGCCAAUAUGGGAGCAUAGUGAGGACUGGAUCAUCGACAGUCUCCAUCAGCGACCCAGCAGCGCUGCCAGUUAUUUACGGCUUCAAGACGGUGUAUGACAAGAGUGCCUUCUACGAAUUGGCAGAAGGCUGGUAUCAGGGGAGACCACUGUCAAACAUGAUCACAACUCGAUCGAAAGGUCAUCACACUCAUCUUCGACGUAAUGCAAUGCAUGCAUAUACAAUGGCCACUGCGAUGAGUCUCGAAGACACACUCGAUCCCAGCAUUGAACAGCUCUUACAUUCACUCAAGGAGCAGUGCCGAGAGGGUAAGAAAGCAAUCGAUGUAGCAUCUUGGUUGAUGUACUUCGCUUUCGAUGCAAUUGGAAGACUGAACUUCUCCGAGGAUCUGGGGUAUCUGGCGACAGGCAGCGACAUUGAGGGCCGAAUCACUGGCACUGCACUGGUACUCACAUACCUCUCUGUCGUUGGGCAAGCACCGUGGCUGCAUAAAUUCAUGUUUGGCAGUGCAACUUUGCAACAUCUUUUGAGUCUAGAGCAGGCCAACUCGAUCCAAAAUCUCGCAAUCGACAUGGUCAAGAAACGCAUCGAGAAAGGCGAGCCGAACGAGCCUAAGGACAUUCUUGACUUGAUGCUCAUCAAUGAAGGACCUGAACCUAGCAAGCUAGCUGUCGACGAGAUCAUUGGACUGACCACUACCAAUCUGAUCGCUGCUCCAGGAACCGUGGCUAUCACUCUUCGAGCGCUUCUGUAUCACCUCUGUCGCAACUCGGAUGCUUACAGUUCCCUCCAAAGAGAGAUCGAUUGCGCCUUCGAAAGUGGAGCUCUAUCGAUGCCAGUCAAAUACGAAACAGCAUCGAAGUUGAAAUAUUUGGAAGCUGCAAUUACUGAGGCCCUUCGCAUGCAUCCAACCACUGGCCUUCUGCUGGAACGUGACGUGCCGGCAGGCGGUGCGGAGAUAUGCGGCCACUAUCUGCCUGAAGGUACUGUAGUCGGUAUCAAUGCUUGGAUAAUGAACCGCAACGAGGAUGUCUUCGGUCACGAUAGCGACUCGUUCCGCCCUGAACGCUGGCUGCAAGAUCCAUCCCGCGUCAACGAGAUGCGAAGGUGUCUUCUCUCGUUUGGAGCGGGUCCGAGGACAUGUGCGGGUCGCAAUUUCGCAAUGAUGGAAAUGGUCAAAGUGGUACCGGCCUUGCUGAGGAAAUUUUCGUUUCGCUUGGCUGAUCCAGGUAAAGAGUGGAAAGUCCGAGGACACUGGUUCACGCAUCAGUCUGAGAUGGACAUGUUCGUCACUCCAAGGAAAUAG